CUCAGACACUCACCAGCACACAUUUACAUUUAGACACACAAUUCAAGCACUUUUUGGAGAAACUGCACUUUACAUUUUAUUUUAAAAACAGUGUUUUAUUCUGAGGCCGGUGAUACUUACUUGCUACUAACACGGUUCACUCACACUUCAAAUAUCUUGGAAUACAACGCUAGCAGGAGGAAUGUCUGUGUCUCUGUGGUGUGAAGAGGAAGAGGUUCAGGACAGGUCUCAGAGUCGGGAGUCUUCAGUCAAAGCCCCCUGGGACCCAAGCGCCUCUGGUCUGAGGGUCAUUCAGAGACUUCUGCAGUCAGAGGGAAGAUACCUGCCCUCUCCGCUCUAUACAUCACUCAUCCAGAGAGAUCCUCAGCGCAGAGAGGAGCUGGCCAAGUGGACCAUGGAGGUGUGCUGUGAAUGUGAUUGCGAUGAAUCUGUAUUUCCCCUGGCUGUCUCACUGUUGGAUCGAUACCUGUCUGCCACUCUAUCCCUGCCUGUCUCUCCAACUUGUUUGGCUUCUGCUUGUGUCCUGGUGGCCUCCAAACUUACAGAAUGUGACACAGUUAAUGCCGAUACCCUGUGUGCGGCAGCUGAAUAUGACUUUUUGUCAUCCAACCUCCGGGAAAUGGAGCGUGUUGUCCUGGCCACUCUGCGAUGGGAUGUAGCAGCCGUAACCCCUCAGGACUUUAUCCCACACUUCCUGCUCACUCUUGGGGAACUAAAGGAUGGGGAAACACAUACAGGAGACUUUCUCACAACACUUCGACGCCACAGCGACUCACUUGUCGCCAUGUGCGUGUGUGACUCUCGUUUUCUGGGAACUCCCCCAUCUCUGGUAGCAGCGGCUGUGUUGAACUCUGCCCUUCGGGGGUUAAGGACCAAAAGUACAUGGGAAUUGAGUGUUAUGACCUCCGCUCUGGCCACGCUCUGUCAGACUGAUGUGGCCGUGUUGCAGUGCUGCACUGAGCUGAUAGAGGGCGCUCUCAGAGAAAGACUGAGAAAUGGAGCACAGGAGGGAAAAGAUGGUGCUAUUGAUGAAGAUGAGAGAGCCAGCACUCCCACUGACCUGAGAGAAAUAGACUUUUAAAACAGGGUUAAUUUAUGAGUAAUAUUUAUUGUGACUGUUUGUCCGGAGUCUCCAUUUUAUUUAUCAGUUAAACUGAGUUAAACAAUGUAACAUUUAUGCUUUGUCUUAUGUAACUUCUGAAGUGUUGUUAUUUAAAUUUGUAUUUAUUUGUUUGAUUAUUUACUUGUGCCAUAUUUAUUACAUCUAUU